GCUCAGGGCAGGGCAGGGGCUGCAGUCAGUCCCCUGGCCAGCAGCCUGCAGGAGUGUCUCAGCUGGCAGAGCUGGUGGCAGGGAUGUCUCUGCUCUGGAGCGUGAGGCCAUGAUGAGCUGGCAGGUUACCCUGGCCCCUCUUCCUUACGGGCUCGGGGGCCCUGCUGGGGAAGCCGGGCUCGUGCUUGGCUCUGUCCUUCCCCUCUGCAGCCCGAUGCCGAGGGGUCAGCACUGUGCCUGGCAGCCCCCAGCCCUCCAGAGACUCAGCCUGCUACAGCUGCUGGCUGUUCUCCCACUGCCUUUGUUCCAGUCUCCAUGCUGCUCCUCCUGGGCUCUGCCCUUUCCUGUGGGGUCAGUGGGCUGGGGCUGGCCCCAGGGGACUGGUUUGGUGACAGUAGGAACUGCUUGGGAAGUGCCUGUGGGAGCAUGCAGCCCCCUCGCCCACAGAGGUGUCCCGCUGCCUGUCUGGGAGCUGUAGCACACAUGUGUGCCCCAGCCCUGGGUGGUGGCAUGUCCCUUGGGUGGCUGCUCAGUGUGUCCCCGUUGUGUGUUUCAGUGUUGGCAGCGCAGUCAGUGCCCUGGGGCGCUCAGCCGGCCACAUGGAAGUGUUUCCUCUACUGCAACGGGCUCAUGGACCACCUGUACGUGUGCCAGAACGGCAACAGCUGCAGCGCCUGGUACAAGGCCCCUGGCCACUUCACCGGCACGCUGGAUGCCUUUGUGAAGAUCACACGCUCUGAGGGCAUCAGAUCGCUGUGGAGCGGCUUGCCCCCCACCCUGGUGAUGGCUGUGCCAGCCACAGUCAUUUACUUCACUGCCUAUGACCAGCUGCGGGACUACCUACACGCCCGGAUGGGGAGCUGGAACCACUACAUCCCCUUGCUGGCUGGGGCCCUCGCCAGGCUUGGUGCUGUGACAGUCAUCAGCCCCCUGGAGCUGAUCCGCACCAAGAUGCAGUCCCAGCAGCUCAGCUACCGUGAGCUGCGUGUCUGCAUCCAGUCAGCAGUGGCCCAGGAUGGCUGGCUGUCCCUCUGGAGAGGCUGGGGACCCACCGUGCUGCGGGACGUCCCCUUCUCAGCUCUGUACUGGUUUAACUAUGAGCUGGUGAGGAUGUGGCUCUGCAAGCAGGCCUGGCUGGACGGGGCCACGUUCACGGUCAGCUUUGCAUCUGGGGCCAUCUCUGGCACGGUGGCCGCAGUGCUGACGCUGCCCUUUGAUGUGGUCAAAACCCAGCGGCAGAUUGAGCUGGGAGACAGUGAGGUGCACCCAGUCACAGCCUCCAAGCCUUCCUCCACGUGGCUGCUCAUGCAGCGGAUCCGAGCCGAGUCUGGCACCCGGGGGCUGUUUGCAGGGUUCCUGCCCCGCGUCAUCAAGGUGGCACCUGCCUGUGCCAUUAUGAUCAGCACCUAUGAAUUUGGCAAGAGCUUCUUCCAGAAGCUGAACCAGGAGCAGCAGCUGCGGGGAUUGUGAGCGGGCCUGGGGCAGGGCUGGAUGUGGCCAUGCCCAGGGGACAGUGCCAGCCCUGCUCCAGCCAGGUGUCCCAGGAGCUGUGCAUAGCCCAAGUGCCUUCGUUCCUGCUCUGCCUCCCGCUGCCUGCACGCGGAGUCAGGGCCAGCCACUCCAGGGGACAUUGUGCCUGCUGCUGUGACACUGGGGGGGAUAUGGAGCCCCUCCCCUCACUCAUCCCUUGGGGCUGGACAGAUGCUGCUGCUGGAAUCAUGGACACUGGCAAGGAUGGGGUGUCCCAGGAGAUUUGGCCUGGCAGGAGAUGGAGCUGGGGCUCUGGCAAGGACCAAACCCCAGACCUUGGGGGCUUCUCUGCCUGCCCAGAACCCCCAGCCCUGCUCUGCCUGGGGAUCUGCCCCUCCUGACCAUCACACACAGCCUCACCUUGCUGGCUCUGCAUGGCAUGGGGACAUGUCAGGACCCUCUCCCUGCCUCUGGACCUCUCCUCCCACUUGGGAUGUCCCUUGGGGUUGACAGACCCUGUGUGGGGACAGACCUCACUGCUGCUCCGGGGGACUAUUGUGGCACCCCUGCCCCAUCCUUUCACUGCAAGGGUCUGCCCCAGCUCUGCGGGCACUGCCCCCCUUACCCUGGGACUCACAGAGGGAAUUUCUCCUAAUUUCUUAAAUAAAAUUAUUGUCUCUUAGUGGAA